UUUUCAAACAUAGAUAUGGUAAUUUCUCAGGUGGUAAAUGCUAAUGUAUCGUUACAACGUCUAGAGGAACUACUUUUAGCUGAAGAGAGAAUUCUAGUGCCAAAUCCACCACUUGAACCAGGGCUUCCUGCUGUAUCGAUUAAAAAUGGAUUCUUUUCUUGGGACUCAAAGUCUCAGAAACCCACGUUAUCAGAUAUCAAUUUAGACAUACUGGUUGGCAGCUUAGUCGCAAUUGUUGGUGGAACUGGAGAAGGAAAGACCUCACUCAUAUCAGCAAUGCUUGGGGAGUUACCUCCUUUGGCAGAUGCAAAUGUUGUUAUGAGAGGAACUGUUGCCUAUGUUCCUCAAGUUUCAUGGAUUUUCAAUGCUACUUUACGCGAAAACAUUCUAUUUGGGUCUGAGUUUGAUUCCACAAAAUAUUGGAAGGCUAUUGAUGUGACUGCAUUGGAGCAUGAUCUUGACUUACUUCCUGGUCGUGACCUCACAGAGAUAGGGGAAAGAGGGGUGAAUAUUAGUGGUGGGCAAAAGCAGAGAGUUUCUAUGGCCAGGGCUGUCUAUUCUAAUUCGGAUGUAUAUGUAUUUGAUGACCCUUUAAGUGCCCUAGAUGUGCAUGUUGGUCACCAGGUUUUUAACAGCUGCAUCAAGGAAGAGUUGCGUGGAAAGACAAGGAUACUUGUUACAAACCAACUACAUUUUCUUCCGCAAGUGGACAGAAUUAUUCUGGUUUCUGAAGGGAAAAUGGAAGAAACGGAAGAAGAUUGGGAAGGAAAUGAUGUCACCAAAAAUGUUAACCAUGAAGCCUCUAAACGAACUGCUAAUGGGGUGCUUGAGGAGGAGUAUGCUAAAAAUGCAUGCAACACAAAGAAAGGGAAAGGAGGGAAAUCUGUUCUUAUUAAGCAAGAAGAACGGGAAACAGGAAUAGGCAGUUGGAAUGUUUUGAUGAGGUACAAAAAUGCAUUAGGAGGCCUUUGGGUACUUAUGAUACUAUUUACAUGCUACUUAUCGACUGAAGUUCUUCGAAUUUCAAGUAGCACUUGGUUAAGUGUUUGGACAGAUCAAAGCACUUCACAGACCUAUAAUCCCACAUACUAUAUUCUCAUUUAUGCACUUCUUGGGUUUGGUCAGGUGAUUGUGACGCUAGCGAACUCUUAUUGGUUGAUCAUUUCAAGUCCUGCAGCUAGAAGACUGCAUGAUGGCAUGCUAAAUGCUAUUCUAAGAGCUCCAAUGCUUUUCUUUUACACCAAUCCAACUGGGCGUGUAAUCAAUAGGUUUGCAAAAGAUCUAGGUGAUAUAGAUCGCAAUGUUGCCAAUUUUGUGAAUAUGUUUGUGGGACAAGUGUGGCAGCUCCUUUCAACGUUUGUGUUGAUAGGCAUUGUGAGCACAAUAUCACUAUGGGCCAUAAUGCCACUUCUCAUCUUGUUUUAUGCAGCUUAUCUAUAUUAUCAGAGUACAUCUCGCGAAGUGAAACGCUUAGAUUCCAUUACCAGAUCUCCUGUUUAUGCGCAAUUUGGAGAAGCACUAAAUGGCUUGUUGAGCAUUCGAGCAUAUAAAGCAUAUGAUAGGAUGGCCUACAUUAAUGGAAAGUCGAUGGAUAAUAACAUCAGAUUCACCCUUGCAAAUACUAGUUCGAACCGUUGGCUUACCAUCAGGUUGGAAUCAUUAGGAGGCCUCAUGAUUUGGUUGACAGCAACAUUUGCAGUCCUGCAGAAUGGAAAAUCAGGGAACCAAGCUGCAUAUGCUUCUACAAUGGGUCUACUUCUCAGUUAUACUUUAAAUAUCACCAAUCUGUUGAGUGGUGUAUUGAGACAAGCAAGCAGAGCUGAAAAUAGUUUGAAUUCUGUCGAGCGUGUUGGAACAUAUAUAGAUUUACCUUCUGAAGCUCCAGAUGUGAUUGAGAGCAACCGCCCUCCACCCGGUUGGCCUUCAUCAGGAUCAAUGAAGUUUGAGGAAGUUGUUCUGCGUUAUAGGCCUGAACUUCCUCCGGUCUUGCAUGGCUUGUCGUUUACUGUUUCCCCAAGUGAGAAAGUAGGAAUUGUUGGAAGAACUGGUGCAGGAAAAUCCAGCAUGCUUAAUGCUUUAUUUCGAAUUGUGGAAAUUGAAAGAGGAAGAAUUAUGAUUGAUGAUUGUGAUUUUGCUGAGUUUGGACUGACUGACUUGAGGAAGGUUCUUAGUAUCAUACCACAAUCCCCGGUUCUUUUCUCAGGAACUGUACGGUUUAAUCUUGAUCCAUUCAGUGAGCACAAUGAUGCUGAUCUUUGGGAGGCCUUAGAAAGGGCACAUCUGAAAGAUGUCAUCAGGAAGAAUUCUUUUGGUCUGGAUGCUGAGGUUUCAGAGGGAGGAGAGAAUUUCAGUGUUGGACAGAGGCAACUCUUAAGUCUUGCUCGAGCGUUGCUGCGGCGAUCCAAGAUUCUUGUUCUCGACGAAGCAACUGCAGCUGUUGAUGUCCUAACGGAUGCUCUUAUCCAGAGAACCAUCCGUGAAGAAUUCAGAUCAUGCUCAAUGUUGAUCAUUGCUCAUAGACUAAACACCAUAAUUGACUGUGACCGCAUACUUGUGCUCGAUGCUGGCCAGGUUCUAGAGCAUGAUACGCCAGCGGCGCUGCUAUUAACAGAGGAAAGUGCAUUUGCAAGGAUGGUUCAAAGUACAGGGCCGGCAAAUGCUCAGUAUUUACGAAGCAUAGUAUUUGAAAACAAGUUAGGCAGAGAAGUGAGCAAGAGGCAAGAUGGGCAGAGGAGAUGGCUGGCCUGUUCUCGCUGGGCGGCUGCUGCACAAUUUGCUCUAGCUGUUAGUCUCACUUCUUCUCAAAAUGACCUUCAAAGGCUGGAUAUCGCGGACGAGAAUGAUAUCCUCAAGAAAACGAAAGAUGCAGUUAUAACACUGCAAGGCGUUAUAGGAGGAAAGCAUGAUAAAGAUAUAGAUGAGUCUCUACAGCAGUACCAAGUUUCCAGAGAAGGAUGGUGGUCAGCUCUCUAUAGAAUAGUUGAAGGUCUUGCUAUGAUGGGCAGGUUGGGUCAAUACAGGCUUCAAGAAUUUGAGGAUGAUUUUGAAGAAAGUCCUCUAGAUUGGGACAAUAUUGAAAGUUAAGUAUCAUUGCCAAUUUCUGGUAUUCAAGUUG